AUGAUUGAGUCCAUGACCUUUCGACCUUUGAUUUGCUCCACAUGUUUUAGCGAAACUAUCGCCAUGAAUAGGCCGGACAGCACAUACCAAACAUCGAACGACGGAAACGGUCAAAGUCAAAUGACACUUCAUGAGACCGAUCAAAGGGCACCAUGGGACUCUUCAAAGCACGCCGUAUCCUGGGACUUGUCCAACAGGAAGUUCUGCCCAUUUGGCACCGUGCAGUUGACCUUGCCGACGAGCCGCGAAGUAAUAGUUAAACGCCAACUCGGUUGA